AUGCGUGUCUUAUCAACACUGAGCCUCGCGACCCUGUCGGCGCCGCUGGCUUCUGCCACAUUUGAGGGGAACCUCAACUAUCACAGCCCGUCGCUGCGUCAUGUCAACCUUGGAAUUGAUAUUCCCGUCGUCUCGCGCCGCAGCCUGAAGCGUAGCGCCGUGCCGUUCAAGCCGUCCGAGCUCAACUUCACCCACGGUAUUGCGUCUGGCGACCCUUACCCGGAUAGCGUCAUUCUCUGGACUCGGGUUGCCCCGUUUCUGGUCUCUGACAACAGCAACGUCACCGUGGAGGGAACCGUUGCUUUGUACAACCAUGAGACUGAGCAGUAUGUCAAGGCCGAUCCCAACCCGAUCUGUGUUGAUUGGCAAGUCUGGGAAAUCAAGUCCAAUGGCCCCGCGGGCCCCGGCAAAGGUCCUAAGAAGCCGCAUGUUGCCGCCAAGGGCACAGCUUACACGACAAGCGAUAUUGAUUACACUGUCAAGGUGGAGGCCAAGGGCCUUAAGCCGUUUACCGAGUACAACUACCAGUUCACAGUUUGCAAGUCCGACAACGCCAGCCCGGUGGGGAGGACCAAGACCGCCCCGGCAGAGAAUGCCAAGCUGGACGAGCUCAAGUUGGCCGUCUUCUCGUGCAGCAACUAUCCUAAUGGCUAUUUCAACGCAUACGGCAAUGCCGCCCGAAAGAACAAGCAUGAUUAUGUGGUUCAUCUAGGUGACUACAUCUACGAGGGAGCCCAGCUGGGUGAGCGCGCACACAACCCCCCGCGUAUCAUCUUCAGCCUGUGGGACUACAGAACCCGCCACGGACAGUACCGCACUGAUCCCGACCUGCAACUCCUCGCCCAGAACUACGCCUGGAUGCCGACUUGGGAUGACCACGAGAUUGCCAACAACGGCUACAGGGACGGAUUCAGUGCUUUGAACAACACCGAGGAGUCGUUCCGCACGGAUGGCCCUUCCAUCUCCGUUGACCAGCGCAAGAUGAAUGCUGUGCGUGCCUACUUUGAGUGGAUGCCCAUCCGCCAGGUCGACCUCGACGACAACCUCCGCAUCUGGCGGUCCUUCAAGCUCGGCAACCUCCUGGACCUGAUCAUCCUCGACACGCGCAACUACGACCGCAGCAUCACUAGCCUGGGCUGGAACGACCACUACAUCGACACCAUCCGCGACGACGCCUCGCGCACGCUGAUGGGCUCGCGCCAGGAGAACUGGUUCUACAACCAGCUGACGCAGUCGUCCAAGCGCGGCGCCGCCUGGCGCGUCAUCGGCAGCCAGAUCGUCUUCUCCGAGAUCGGCAACAGCGGCGACAACUGGCAGGGCUACCUCGCCAACCGCAACCGCACCCUGCAGCACCUCUACGACAACAAGAUCGACAACAACGUCUUCCUCGCCGGCGACAGCCACCAGAACUGGGUCUCGGACGUCACCUGGCUCGGCAAGGCCGACUACGACUCCAAGACUGGCGAGGGGUCUGUCGGUGUCGAGUUUGCGGGUACCGCCGUCUCGUCUUCAGGCCAGAGCGGGCCCAUCCUCGCCGCGAGGGAGAAAGCCCGCGCGCUGGUCGAGGCUCAUGAGGUGCUGCAGUGGCAGGAGGGGUAUUACCGCGGGUACUAUGUCCUGCAGGUCCGCAAGGAGGGCGUGACUGCUCAGUACUUUGGCUCACCCAGCGUCGCCACCCUCAACGCGUGGGAUCUCCCGCUGGCCAACUUCACGGUCGCGUCGGGCAAGAACCACUUGUCGCGCCCCAUCGGUGGCGGCAAUGUCGAGGCUGGGUUCGUCCGUGGAGGUAUGUGCCUACCUGUCGGGGAACUAUGGACACAGGGGACCGGGUUGGGGGGAUUUGAAGGCCGUAGGUUAAGUAAAGUCCCCUUCAAGGCGGUUUAA